GGAUCCCCAACCGCCAAGAGCUCUUUCGUCUACAUCACCAUGCAACUUCCUGGAAACUCCAUUGACGACCAACUAAAGUGUAAACAAACGACCCCCGACGCAUUAAAGAAGCGGAGAAGCCGCCACCCACCUGCCGCCGCUAACGUUUCUAUGCACGCCACUGUGCAGUUUCUCCGCCAUUUACAGGAAGAAGAAGAAGAGUUUUUUUUGGCUCCUUUUGUCGUCUUUCUUGAUCUCCCCCUGCUUAUAUAACCCAUGCCCGUGUUGCUCCAUGAAAUCGAAUCCUUCCUAACAGCUCGAAUCGGUAGAGCCAAAACCCACUUCCCCCCACCGUCUCCCCCUGUUUUCCCCCUGGUCUGUCUCUCUGGGGCAUUCUAUCAAACACAGACCGAGGCUGACGCUUAUGGGCGUGCGGGCCUACAGCUGCAAUACCAUUCACAGACUGAACUAUUGGAGCAGGCGAUGGAACAUGAUGCAACCUCGAGCCUCCUCAUCGACCCAGUCUCGCUCCUGGGCAUCGUCGCGGUCCUGGUGUUGGUCAACUCUGUAAUCUUUUUGCAAGACUACUAUCCCUACCUCCGCUGCCUCGUGCCAACCCUUCACUACUACUUUCUCGUGACGAGACGCGAUUGUCGCAUUCACAAUGUGGAAGCAGCCCCGGAUGACCCGGGCGAACCACCGUCUUCCCGCGAGCAAAGGGUCGUGGGGUCAUCGGCAACCGCGCCCCGCGACGUGGGAAUCCCCGAGGAGGACGCGGUCCUCUCGAGAGGCGAGGUGAAGAUGGUGAUGGAGCGACUGGGGAUCUUCGGCGCCGCCGACGUCCCGGACGGCGAGAGGCCGCCGGAGCGGAUCGGGGCGAGCGAGAUCGCUCGGAUGUUCGAAGAGGAAGAGGUGAGCCUGGCGGAGGCGAAGGAGGCGUUCUACGUGUUCGACGAAAACUGCGACGGGUUCGUGGACGCGAGGGAGCUGAGCAACGUGCUCCGGGCCCUGGGCUUCGUCAAUUUGUCCGAGCCCGACUGCAGAGAUCUGAUCGUAGCCUUCGACGACAACGGCGACGGGCUCAUCGAUUUCAGAGAGUUCGCCAAGCUCGUGCGGAGGAGCUUCCGGCAGUAGAAUCCCGUGGCGCACCGCGGUUUCCUCUUGUCCCCGUUCACGUUACAUGCAUGGUAUCUCGACACACGUGUUUGAUCUUUUUUGCAAGUUCAGCACGUUGACCGCCCCGAUCCAUGUCGUUCGAUUCGGUUUUUUGAACUUCGUUCGUGUCGGGUUGAACCACAGAUCGCAGACCAACUGAUGUGUUUGAUUGUGUGUUUGUACAUACUCCUCCGUCGAAUGUGACUUACGUUGUUCGGUUGAAUAA